UAUAUAAGUGUACUUCGGAACACAAGCCGGAAUAUUACCGUCUAAAGCUCCGGGCGGCAGACAUGGCCAACAAACCCGUCCGUUUCGGAAUCCUCGGCGCCGCCAAGAUAGGUCGGAAGAUUUGUCGAGCCAUUGCCGAUGCUCCGAACGCCACUCUGUCGGCGAUCGGCAGUCGUUCAGUGGAAAAGGCCUCGAAAUUUGCGUCGGAUAACGGAUUAAGUGCAGAGGUCAAAAUCUACGGUUCUUACGAAGCUGUAGUGGAUGAUCCGGAAAUCGACGCCGUGUAUGUGCCGCUUCCGACGAGUCUCCACCUGCGGUGGGCGGUGGUGGCGGCGAAGAAGAAGAAGCACUUGCUCCUGGAGAAGCCGGUGGCUCUGAAUGUGGCGGAGUUCGAUGAGAUUGCGGCGGCGUGCGAGGGGAAUGGAGUGCAGUUCAUGGACGGUACCAUGUUGAUGCACCAUCCUCGUACGCCCAAGAUCAGGCAAUUUCUUUCUGAUGCCGACCAGUUUGGGCAGCUCAAGAUGGUAAACAGUAUCUACACUUACGCUGCUGAUUCUGAGUUCAUAGCCAAUGAUAUUCGCAUAAAACCGGAUCUCGAUGGUCUUGGUGCUUUGGGCGAUGUCGGGUGGUACUGUAUUCGUUCGAUUCUCUUUGCUGCCGACUUCCAACUGCCUACAACAGUGCUUGCGUUGCCUAAUCCUGUUUUGAAUGAAUCCGGCGUCAUUUUGUCGUGUGGAAGCUCACUGUUUUGGGACGAUGGCAAAGUAGCGACCUUCCAUUGCUCUUUCUUGUCGAACUUGACCAUGGACACCACUGCCAUAGGAACCAAUGGGACAUUGAAUCUUAAUGAUUUCGUAAUACCUUACGAUGAGAAGGAGGCCUACUUCUUCACCAGUUCCAAAUCUCGGUUCAAUGAGCUUGCGACCGGAUGGAAACCGGUAUCGAGCAAACAUGUCGUCCCGACUGAGCUUUCUCAAGAGGCUCGCAUGGUGGGGGAAUUCUCUCGUUUGGUUAAAGAAAUUAAAGAGAAGGGCUCCAAACCUGAGAAGAAAUGGUCGUCCAUUAGUCGUAAGACUCAGCUGGUGAUCGAUGCGGUGAAGGCGUCGCUCGAUCGAGGAUCCAAGGUGGUUGAAGUAGGACGGUGAUUCCAUUGGUCUUGAGCUUGCAUCAAGGUUGGAAAGCUCUGCAUGAUCAAGAUUUAGUGGGAGAAGCCAUUCCUUAAAAAUAAUUGUGUUGUUACUUUCUGUCAAUUGUCGAUUGUGUUUGUAUUGUU